AUGCAUCUGUCACAGAGAAAUAACAGUAAAGCUAUUUUCACCCUGAUGGGUUUCUCAGAUUACCCAAAACUGCAAAUCCCACUUUUUCUGAUGUUUCUAGCCAUCUACAGCAUCACUGUGAUAGGGAAUAUUGGCAUGAUACAAAUAAUCAGAAUGAACCCCAAGCUGCACACCCCCAUGUACUUUUUUCUCAGCCACCUCUCAUUUGUGGAUUUUUGCUAUUCCUCCACCAUCACUCCGAAGAUGAUAGUGAACUUAUAUGUAAAAGACAGAAGCAUUUCUUUCACAGAAUGCAUAGUACAAUACUUUUUCUUCUGUGCAUUUGCUGUCACUGAAGCGUUUCUCUUAGCAGCGAUGUCUUAUGACCGCCUGGUGGCCAUCUGCCACCCUCUGCUCUACAAGGUCAUCAUGUCACAGAAACUCUGCACAGCGCUGGUGGUAGGAUCCUAUGCCUGGGGUGAUGCCUGCUCUUUGAUUUUUACCUGCUCUGCGCUACAACUCUGUUUUCCUGAUUUCAGCACCAUCGAUCACUUUUUCUGUGAGUUCUCCUCACUGCUGUCCCUCUCUUGCUCUGAUACUGCUGUCAGUAAGUUACUGCUUUUCAUUUUGGCCACCUUUAAUGCUGUCAGCACGCUGCUCAUCAUUCUCCUGUCUUACCUGUUUAUUCUUGUCACCAUCCUCAAGAUGCGUUCAGCCAGUGGGCGUCGCAAAGCUUUUACCACCUGCGCUUCACACCUGACUGCCAUCACCAUCUUCCAUGGCACCAUCCUGUUCCUCUACUGUGUGCCCAACUCCAAAAACUCCAAACUCACUGUCAAAGUGGCCUCCGUGUUUUACACGGUGGUGAUCCCCAUGUUGAACCCCCUGAUCUACAGUCUCAGAAACAAGGAUGUGAAGGAUACUUUGAAGAAAAUGUUGGCUGUUAAAAUAUUUUCUUGA